UAAAAAGACCCUCAACCUAAUCCUAAACGUAACCCCGCGCGCCCGUCAGACCGGAAGUUGCCCGGCCGGAAGUCCUGAAGGCGAUCUCCCCCCGGCGCGCCGGUGGACGGACGGUCCGAGGACGAUGAGAGGAGACGACGCGGAAACCGAGCAGAAUUGCAGCCCCUUUUACAUCUUGGAACAAGAAUGGGAACCUGUGAAUCCCAAUUCAGGACAUGAAGCCAAAACCAGCGAGACCAGCAUGAAAAGGAUAAUUACUCCGAUUCCCAUUAGCCCCAGUUUCUCUCCCCCCAAUCCUGGAAUUGGUUCUGUUAACCCACAACAUAAACAACACCAGAUGCCACACAUGGCUGAAGGCAAAAUGUCAUUCUUUCAAUGGCAAAUGCAGAAAGAAGCAAUUAGAAUGGAAGGAGUUGAUCUUAAAAUGCUGAAUAUGCAAGAUGAAGAUGGGGACACGUGCCUUCACAUAGCCGUGGCAAAAGGAAAGAGAGCUGUCGCUUGUGUGCUCGCCCAAAAAAUGGCUGCGAUCGGUUCACUGGAUGUGAAAGAGCACAAGGGCCAGACGGCCCUUCAUAUUGCUGUUGCUACCAACCAACACUUGAUAGUGCAAGACCUGCUGGCAAACGGAGCACAGAUCAACAUGAGGGACUGCUGGGGCCGCUCCCCUUUGCAUGUUUGUGCUGAGAGAGGACAUUUUCUCACUCUUAAGACAAUCCACAGAGUGUUAACUGGGAGCUGGCAACAGAGUGAUACAGAAAUGUUCAAUUAUGAUGGUUUAACUGCACUUCACACGGCAGUCUUGUCCCAAAACGCCGUGGUCAAAGAGCUGACGUGUGCGACGGCUCCACUUUCAGCCACGGUGGUGAUGGAGCUCCAGUGGAGAAGACGCAUGUAUGAGGAAUGCAUUCAGACUCUGCUGCUCAUGGGUGCCUGCUGCGAGACCAGGGACCUUAAGCAUGGGCGGACCUCUCUUCACAUGGCUGCUGAGGUGGCGAACGUGGAGCUGUUCCGUCUCUUCCUGGAGAAGCCAGCUUCAUUAUCCAUCGUGAAUGCCAGGACUUUCAGCGGAAACACGGCCUUGCAUAUUGUCAGUUCUUUGCAAAGUCAUGAUUAUCAAGUUGGUGCCGUGAGGCUUCUUGUGAGAAGAGGAGCCGACCCCAGCGGCAAAAACGCGGAAAAUGACCGGCCUGCACAGUUGGCACCCAAAGGGCCCAUCGGUGACAAGGUGCGGCAGAUCCUGAAGGGAAAACCUACUGUCAGUUAGACAGUCCAUGUACAUAUUUGUCUGUAAGAGGCAGAUGUUAGUUGUUUCAAUGAAACAUUGUUCACUACCAUGUAGUAUAGAGGGUAAAAGUUUGAGAAAUAGAAACACUUUUCUUGUUUUGUAAUGUUUUAGGCCAGCAUUUGACCUAAAUUUUAAUAGCACACAUCCAAACCGGAAAGACAAAAGCGCCCGGAGAACCUCUCCAGGUGUGUGAAAUCCCUGGUGGUUCAGGGGUAGUGCUCGGCUGGGAUGGUCGUGAGGUCGUAGGUUCUAGGCCAGCAUUUGACCUAAAUUUUGACAGCGCACAUCCAAACCAAAAAAUCAGGCGCUGGGCUAGAACCUACAACCUUAGGUACACCAGUGCAGAGCACUAUCCUCUGACCCACCAGGGCCUUUGCACAUUUAAAUAGGCUCUCCGGGCGCUUUUGACUUUUCGGUUUGGAUGUGCGCUGUCAAAGUUUAGGUCAAAUACUGGUCUAAACCCUUACCCAACAUAAGACCAGAGCACUACCUGCCGAACCACCAGGGAGGGCCUUUGCACAUUUGGAGAGGUUCUCUGGGCACUUAUGUCUUUUUGGUUAGGAUGUGUUUUUGGUUCAGAUGUGUGCUGUCAAAACUCAGAUCAAUGCUGGUCUAGAACCUAUGACUUUUCAAACAUAAGAGCAGAGCACUAACCCCCUGAACCACCAGGGCCUUUGCACAUUUGGAGAGGUUCUUCAGGUGUAUUUCACUUUCCGGUUUGGAUGUGCACUGUCAAAAUCUGGUUUAGAACCUACAACCUUACAAACAUCAGAGCAGAGCACUAACCCUGAGCCACCAGGGCCUUUUUACAUUUAGAGAGGUUCGUGGGCGCUUUUGACUUUUCGGUUUGGAUGUGCACGUUUAAAAUUUAGGUCAAAUGCUGGUGUAGAACCUACAACCUUAGGUAUAUCAGAGCAGAGCCCUAACCCCUGAGCCACCAGGACCUUUGCACAUUAAGGAAGGUUCUCCGGGCGCUUUUGACUUUUCGGUUUGGAUGUGCACGUUUAAAAUUUAGGUCAAAUGCUGGUGUAGAACCUACAACCUUAGGUAUAUCAGAGCAGAGCACUAACCCCUGAGCCACCAGGACCUUUGCACAUUAAGGAAGGUUCUCCGGGUGCUUUUGACUUUUCGGUUUGGAUGUGCACGUUCAAAACUUAGGUCAAAUGCUGAUCUAGGACCUACAACCUUAGGUAUAUCAGAGCAGAGCACUAACCCCUGAGCCACCAGGACCUUUGCACAUUAAGGAAGGUUCUCCGGGUGCUUUUGACUUUUCGGUUUGGAUGUGCACGUUCAAAACUUAGGUCAAAUGCUGAUCUAGAACCUACAACUUCAGGUACAUCAGAGGAGAGCACUAACCUCUAAACCACCAGGACCUUUGCACAUUAAGGAAGGUUCUCUGGGUGCUUUUGACUUUUCGGUUUGGAUGUGCACGUUCACAACUUAGGUCAAACGCUGGUCUAGGACCUACAACCUUACAAACAUCAGAGCAGAGCACUAACCCCUCAACAGCCAAGUCAUUUGCACAUUCAAAGAGGCUCUCCGACUGCUUCUUUUGGCUAUUUGCUUUCAAAACUUGACAGAAUAUCAGCCAGAAACCUAGCUGAAAUCACAAAGGAGCAUUAACCACUAAAUUGUCUUUCAUGCGUGAGUUUUUCAAUAUUUUAAAACACAGACUGGGUUUUGAACCCAUAAUCUUACCACUGUCACUACAAAGCACUAACCACUGAGCUACUCUUCCAGCAGUGAGUUUUUCAGCAUUUUCUUUUUCUACCCUGUUUCACACAUGCUUUAAAGGACACGUAGUUCUCCGUCAGUAGGCAUAAGAUGAUUUCAAUUACACAAGUUCCCAAAUCGAUAAUACAAGACAGGUCAGUUUGGAUGUCUGCACAUGCGGUUAUUUGUGGAUGCUUGAAAACUGAAUAAUAAAAAUGAUCUAUUUCUGGAAAAAAAACAAAAAUCUGAGUAAUUUCUUAUCACUUUCCAAAACACACUUUUUUCUUUUUUCUUUUAACACAAAAUGAAUAAAACCAAACUGUUAACAACACUCACCUGUUAGCUUUAUACAGCCAGAACUUGGGUGUGUGUAUUUAUUAUGCAUAAUGAAAAUAAUGAACACAUUCAUAAACAGAUGGAUGGCCGGGGACAUACUUCCCAAAAAAAACUUGUGAGCGCCAAGACGGUCACUGGCAACAGCCUUAUAAAUAAAGAAAAUUAUCUUAACACAAGGAGGAUUUUUGUGAUCCUCCCUUUCAGGUUUAGGCUGGCUCAAUCAGUCAAGCAUCA